CAUAAAAUGUGUUGAAUAUGACAAAAGCAAAAUUAAAAUAUAUUCGGCUAAAUUUUGUAUCGUAAUUUUACCUUUUAUUCUAGCGUGUACCAUGUAACCGUUUGCCCUAUUUAUUUUCUUUAAAUCUGACCUUUUUCAGAGGUUAUGGAUGAUGACUCAGAGGAAGAUAACUGGAUAGAGAUGGACGAGGACGAAUGGGAGGGGAAGCAGGUCAUCGUGGGGAUCUGUGCCAUGGAGAAGAAAACCCAUUCUAAACCCAUGACGGAGAUCCUGACCAGACUUGAGGAGUUUGAAUACAUCAAGACAGUAAUCUUUCCAGAGUCUGUUAUUCUAAAGGAUCCUGUUGAAGAUUGGCCGGUUUGUGAUUGCUUGAUUGCGUUUCAUUCCGUUGGAUUUCCUCUGGAUAAAUCCAUAGCGUAUGCUAAACUCCGUCAACCCUUCAUUAUAAACAACCUGGCAGCUCAGUUUGAUAUCCAGGACCGGAGACAGGUUUACAAUAUUCUUUCUACGGAGAGGAUUGAGCUCCCACGGUAUACAGUCCUGGAUAGGGACGGACCCGUUAUGCCGGACUUUGAGGAGGAUGACGAUCAUGUUGUAGUGAACGGAGUUACGUUUAACAAACCUUUUGUUGAGAAGCCGGUAGAUGCUGAGGAUCAUAAUAUUAUAAUCUACUAUCCUGCAUCUGCUGGAGGAGGAUCUCAAAGACUGUUUAGAAAGAUUGGAAGUCGGAGCUCGGUUUAUUCUCCGGAGUCUAGUGUGCGUAAGGUUGGAUCAUACAUCUAUGAAGACUUUAUGGCUACAGAUGGAACUGAUGUUAAAGUAUAUACAGUUGGACCGGACUACGCGCACGCAGAAGCACGCAAAUCCCCUGCGCUUGAUGGGAAGGUUGAAAGAAACUCUGAGGGUAAAGAGGUUCGAUAUCCUGUUAUCCUUUCCAACAAGGAGAAACUAAUUGCAAGGAAGGUUUGUUUAGCUUUUAAACAAAUGGUGUGUGGAUUUGAUCUGCUCAGGGCAAAUGGUAAAUCUUACGUUUGUGAUGUUAAUGGAUUUUCGUUUGUUAAAAACAGUUACAAAUAUUACGAUGAUUGUGCUAAGAUUCUGGGAAAUAUGAUUUUAAGAGAGCUAGCACCAGCUCUUCAUAUACCCUGGACAAUGCCGUUCCAGCUUGAUGAUCCUCCGAUAGUUCCAACAACUGUUGGUAAAAUGAUGGAACUCCGUUGUGUUGUUGCUGUUAUUAGACACGGAGACAGGACUCCCAAACAGAAGAUGAAACUGGAAGUUAGACAUCCAAAGUUUUUUGAUAUCUUCGAGCGAAUGGACGGAUACAAGACGGGUCACGUUAAACUGAAGAAACCGAACCAUCUCCAAGAAGUUCUAGAUAUAGUCAGGUUCCUACUCAAAGAGAUAGAGAAGGGUGGAGGCAGUAACGAAGUGAUUGAAGAGAAGAAAACUAAACUGGAGCAGGUUAGAUACGUCCUAGAAAUGUACGGACAUUUCUCCGGUAUUAAUCGUAAAGUUCAGCUUAAAUAUCAGCCAAAGGGUCGUCCUAACUCUACCAGCAGUGAGGACGACUGUCCCAAAGAUCCAAGCCUUCUCUUGAUCCUGAAGUGGGGCGGAGAAUUAACUCCCAAUGGACGGAUCCAAGCGGAGGAACUUGGAAAGGUUUUCCGUUGUAUGUAUCCUGGAGGUCAGGAUCUCCUGAUAGGAGGCCUACCUCCUGCCACAGAUUCUCCGGAUGAUAGAUCUACCAGAGCUACUUCAAUGUCGAAUGGAGAAUUUUCCGGGACUCAAGGUUUGGGUUUCCUCCGGCUCCAUUCUACAUACAGACAUGAUCUUAAGAUCUAUGCUAGCGAUGAAGGUAGGGUUCAGAUGACCGCUGCCGCAUUUGCAAAAGGUCUGCUAGCUCUAGAGGGAGAGCUUACUCCAAUCCUGGUUCAGAUGGUGAAAUCUGCAAAUACCAACGGUCUUCUAGACAAUGAUUGUGAACAAUCCAAGUACACAACAUUAAACAAGGUAAAAUCUAAACUUCAUGAGAUCCUGCAGCAGGACGGAGACUUCAGCCUUGAUGAUGAGAAAGAUCUGAAUCCUGGAAACAAGAUAUCUGUUGAGAACGCGUUGCGGUUUAUUGGUAACCCUGUAAAGUGUUGCAAGCACGUGUACAGUUUGAUCCAGGAGCUAAAUAUAUUGAUCCCUCUGCUCCAGGAGGAACACGGAGGUCAGCAGGUUCUUUAUCAUAGUGAAACCUGGGACCUCAUGGCUCGACGCUGGGCGAAACUGGAGAAAGAUUUUCUUCCCAAACAUGGAGACUUUGAUAUCUCCAAGAUUCCUGAUAUCUAUGAUUGUAUCAAGUAUGAUGUUCAGCAUAAUAGAUCCAUUCUUGAACCUGGUCCUGCCUGGAACACGGCUAUCCAGCUCUAUACCUAUGUUAAGAACUUGGCUGACGUGGUUAUCCCCCAGGAGUACGGGAUCAAUAUUGAGGAGAAGCUAACCAUAUCCCAGGGUAUCUGUACCCCGCUCCUUAAGAAGAUACGAGCUGAUCUGCAGAGGAACGUAAACGGAGGGGGAAGUAAGGAGGAUGAAGACGGAACAGUAAACAGGUUGAACCCCAGGUACAGCAGCGGGGUCAGCUCACCUGGGAGACAUGUUAGAACUAGAUUAUAUUUCACUUCAGAAUCCCAUAUUCAUUCUCUUCUCACGGUUCUCAUGCACGGUGGACUAGUGAAGGGUGGAGAUGAGCAGUGGACCCGAGCUAUGGAAUAUGUAUCUCUAGUCUCCGAACUCAACUAUAUGACCCAGAUUGUAAUCAUGUUGUAUGAAGACCCUACCAAGGAUCCGAGCUCCGAGGAAAGGUUUCAUGUUGAGCUACACUUCUCUCCCGGUGUGAACUGUUGUGUGGAUAAAGAUCUUCCUCCUGGUCCUGGUUUCAGACCUCACUCAAGGAAUAACGAGCAUAUACCUGUUAUUGCAGGACGUGGAAGACAAGAGGGACAAGAACAUUCUAGGCGUCUUAAACCUCUUCCUUCCUUCAGAGAGUCCGAGGAAACCAGCCCAACCUCCGAUCAGAUCCGGAUACCGUCCAACGUUGAUUCAAUCCUUGAUCUACAUCCUCCUACUCCUAAACCCAAGACACAAUCCAAACGACUAGAGGAGGGACGACCCAGAUCAUUGGAGCAUGAAUCCCAGAUAACCAAUCUUGAGACUCCCUCUCCUGUAUGUCACAGUACUCUGGAAAAACGAGGGCACCGAGGUUCCCUCCCUGGAAAUAAGAUGACUAACUAUCUCAAGUUCCUCCAGGAGUUAGCACUUCGUCAACCCAGUAACUCAAUAGCGUCGCAUCUUUUCUCUACAGCAGUCAUAUCUGGAUCCUCGUCCGUCCCAAAUCUACAGAGUAAUGGGACUGGAGACACGAGGAAUGACUAUCCUGGGAUCAGGUCCCUGGAGACUUUACACAACUCCUUGAGCUUGAGACAGCUUGACACCUUCCUGGGGAACAUUACUGCAGGGAGUAAUGGAAAGAACGGAGUCAAUGAUUAGGUGGAUUCAGUAAUGAUGUCUUCAGAUGUAAAACUAACUCCAAUCCAAGAUCUUCAAGAUAUCUACUAUUUUAUUAAUUUUCAUGUGUCUUUAAUUUGGCAUCCAUAGCUAACUAAAGCGCUGUGUUUAAUCUUUUUAUUUACAUAACUACAAAAACUAGAUUUUAUCCGAUUAAACUCGAGGUUUAACACGGUUGAACCCUGAAGAUGAAUCUUGGUUUAAGAUUUAACUGGAAAACUAUAUCUAGAAAACCUGAAAUCCGGGUUUGUCAAUUACUUCGUUAACCUUCUUCGUUCUUAAGAUUAUUAUUCAUAUUUAUGUUCAUAAUUCAAGGAAAUAAAGAUCUUGAAGUAUA